CUCGCACACUUCUCUGCUGACUUUAGGAUUUCUUUCCGCUCUUCUUUCACUUUCUUUUGCUUCUUCCUCUCUCACCCGUUUAAUACCUUCGCGUACACAACAUUUUUUGUAAUACUUUCUUCCUUUCUAUCUUCUCACAUCUAUACUUCUUCCAACAUACAUCACCAUCUUCGCUUCUUUUUACCUCGACUUCAAUAAUGGUCGCUGGAACCAAUAACAGCAACAACAAGAACAGCAACACGUCGAACGCAGCUGCUGAUCAGAAAACCCCACUUCUUGGUAGUGGUGGCGGUGGCGGUGGUAAUCAGCACUAUAGUACUACGCCAAGACCACCCGUUAGUCGUCCAAAGUAUAAACGUCGACGCUCUUCUUUUGAUGCAUCUACCUAUAACAGUGCUGGUCAGUCACCUGGCUAUGUUCGUUCGUCUGCUGCAUCGUCCAUCCAUGAACCAUUGACAUUAUCCGAUCCUGGCCUCGAUUUGCGCAGGCUUCUGGGUCUUACCAUAUGUAUGGCUGGUGUUCAGUUUACCUGGACUGUCGAGCUCUCCUAUGGUACGCCAUAUCUCUUGUCACUGAAUUUAUCAAAGGAGCUUACGGCACUUGUCUGGAUUGCCGGUCCACUAUCCGGUCUAUUGGUCCAACCGCUGAUUGGCGCUUUUAGCGACAAAUGCACAUCACGAUUCGGAAAACGCCGACCGUUUAUUGUCAUUGCCGGUCUGCUGACCUGCUUUUCAAUGAUUGGUGUAGCCUACGCACGCGAGAUCGCGCAUGUCAUUGUCCGAUUGCAGUACGGUGACGAUGAACAAGAUUUGGAUAUCGUCGGCCAAGCAUCGCGUACCUAUGCUAUUGUUGUAGCUGUUGCAGCAUUUUACUUUCUGGAUUUCACGCUGAACGCUGUACAGGCCAUCUGUCGAGCAUUGAUUUUGGAUAUUCCACCGCUGUGGCAACAAGACGAAGCAAAUGCAUGGAGUGCACGCAUGUGCAAUUCUUCCAUGGUGAUUGGCUAUUUUGUUGGAUUCGUCGAUCUUGUUAAACUCUUACCUUGGCUGGGCGAUUCGCAGAUCAAAGUUUUCUGCGCCGUCGCUAUUGUUGUCUUUUGUGCAACACUCGGCAUCACCUGUGUUACAACUCAUGAAAAGAAACUCGACCGAGCUGACGAUGAAGAUAACCAACCGUGGUACAGCACAUUUGUUUACAUCUGGCGAGCAUUCCGCUGGUUGCCUCGGCCUGUGCAGACUCUUUGUAAUACCCAAUUCUUUGCAUGGAUGGGUUGGUUCCCAUUUCUGUUCUACAGCACGCAAUGGGUAUCCGACAUUUAUUUCAGCACGCAUCCAUCCAACAAAGGCACCGAUGAUAAUUGGGCGGAUGGUACGCGUGCAGGCUCCUUUGCCUUAUUGUGCUACUCUAUUGUUUCCGUCAUUGCCGGCGUUGUGAUUCCUGCGUUCGUUUCACGAUACGAAAAGGCCAUCCGCUGGUUCUCACUAACCAACGUCUACACGGCAUCGCACUUGGUCGUAGCUGGUGCGCUUCUGUCCGCUUGGUUUGUCGACUCGGUUGCUGGAGCCACGGUCGUGUUGGCCGUCAUGGGCAUUCCAUGGGCCAUUGUUCUUUGGGUCCCGUUCUCAUUGGUGGGUGAAUUCGUCAGUUACGAAGAUGAACAACGUCAGAAAGCCCAAUUCGUCGAUGGCGUCACCGCUUCUCUUACAGGAUCGUCGUCAUCUUCAUCGCCAGCAAGAAUGGAGGAUCAGCAGGAGGAUUUUGAUGCAGGCAUGAUAUUAGGUGUUCACAACAUGUAUAUCGUGUUUCCCCAGUUCGCCGUGGCUAUCAUUGCCGCGUUUAUUUUCGCAGCAGCCGAUGCAUUGGAUCCCGAGAACGGUGGUAAACAAGACUCGUCGAGUGUUGCGCCUGUGUUGGCGUUUGGUGGUAUGAUGGCAUUAAUUGCUGCUGCAUUCAGCCGAUUUGUUGUUCGUGUCAAGUAGAUCUUGUACACUUUCAUUCUCCUUUUUGUUUAGUUUUACACGCAUACAGUCAGUGAUGUUUACAAUACACAAAAUCACUGAAACUUUGGCACUAUAUAUACCAAUUCUUCUCUUUUUGUUGCAUAUUAAUAAUAAAUAAGAAACC